AGGGGACCAUGUUGUGGCCAGUGUUGUCUCUUUCUGCCAUGGCUUCUUGGACAGUCAGUCAAUUGCUGUAAACUUGUGCUGCUUAGCAACAACAUACUUUCUCAGAAGCAAGCGCAGAUGGAGAAAGAGGGGGAUGACAAGAAGGAGAAGACAGGAGAGGACGCGGUGCACCUUCGCAGAGAGAUAGGCCUGCUGCCUGCUGUUUGCUUCAUCAUCGGGACGGUGGUGGGCAGCGGCAUCUUCAUCGCACCAAAGGGAGUCCUGAUGAACAGUGGGAGCGUGGGGCUCUCUCUGCUGGUGUGGGCGCUGUGUGGAGUCCUCUCAUUGAUUGGGGCUCUGUGUUAUGCUGAACUGGGCACUACUUUCACAAAAUCCGGGGGCCACUACACUUAUCUACUGGAGACCCUGGGGCCGCUGCCGGCCUUCUUACGACUCUGGGUGGAGUUCAUUUUCAUCAGGCCGGCUGUGGCGUCCUACAUGUCCCUGGCUUUCGGCCGCUACGUGGUGGAGCCGUUCUUUGCACCGUGUGUUGCCCCCACGGUGCUGAUCAAACUUGUCAGUGUCCUCGGCUUGACAUUUGUCGUGGCUAUCAACUGCUGGAGCGUGACCAUGGCCUCUCGCACUCAGGUCACAUUGACUUUCGUUAAGACGUUUGCUCUGGUCCUCAUCAUCAUCCCUGGCAUCAUCGCUCUGGCCAAAGGAAAGACAGAAAAUUUCCAGAAUGGUUUUGAGGUCGACUCAUUAACACUGGAUAAGCUGCCACUGGCCUUCUAUAAUGGCCUAUACGCCUACGGGGGAUGGUUUUAUCUGAACUUUGUCACUGAAGAGGUCAUUAACCCAAAUAGAAACAUCCCGCUGGCGAUAAUCUGCUCCAUGGUGGCGGUGACAUUCCUUUAUGUGCUUAUUAACGUGGCCUACUACACCAUGAUGACCCCCGCUGAGCUCCUGCUGUCUGAUGCUGUGGCUGUGACGUUUGCUAACCGCGCUCUCCAGGGAUUAGCUUCGGUGAUUCCAAUCCUUGUGGCCCUGUCCUGCCUCGGAGCACUUAACGGAGGCUUCUUUGGAUCUCCCAGGAUGCUGUUUGUGGGAGCCAGGGAGGGCCACUGGCCACCGAUCUUUUCCAUGAUUCACAUCCGCAGACACACACCUUUACCUGCUGUGCUGUUACUGUACCCCUUGGUGGUGUUGAUGUUAAUCACUGGAGAGAUCUACCAGCUCAUCAACUUUGCCUCCUUUGCUCGCUGGUUCUUCAUCGCCUUGGCAACUCUGGGGAUGCUCAUCCAUCGGUAUCGCUUCCCUCUCCACCCAAGACCUUUCAAGGUGCCCCUGGUCAUCGCUGUCACCUUCACGGUGGUUUGUUUCUUCAUCGUGGGUCUGUCUCUGUAUUCAGACCCCUGGAACACAGGGCGAAGCUGCGCUCUCACACUGACUGGAGUCCCGGUUUACUAUGUGACCGUCUACCGCUUUCGUUUGCCCCAUAGAUGGAGACACAUCUUCGACUACUGCAGCAAGCAGCUGCAGAUCCUUCUGGAGGUGGCCCAACAGGAAGUCCAGACGUACUGAGGACGUCUCAUACCACCUUAACAAGUCCUAGAACUUGGGCAUUGUUUACGAGUGUAGUAUGCUGGAAACUUCUCUUCUCUGUCUAAAACUGCUUUCUUCUAUUUUCCUGUUUGUGCUUCAUGACAAAAACGAAGGCAGUAUGCAUUCUGAUUGAAUAUGUAUGGAUUAAACUCGCUCUUUGCUUCUGGGAGUACUUUGGUAAAGAGGAACAAUCAACUUGCUCUGGAUCUCAGCAAUAAUAGAUGUGUAGUGUGAGAUGAGAUCACCAUCGUCGUCAGUGUACAGCCACCUUAAGUUGGGAAACAUUAGUCAGUGAAAGAGUUCCAUCUGCUGGCCAAAGGAAGAGGAACAUCCCAGCUGUGAUUUCACUCAGGGUGGACACAAUAACAUGAACGUCUGCACAACUUAAUGUAGUGUAAUGCAACUGCCUGAAGCUGGCAAUGUUCAGUUUUCAUUAUCUGUUUUGGAAAAAUGCUGAUUUUAACUUUUUUCUCAUUUUGGAAAAACCACCCAUCCUUAAACUCUUUCUAACACAUGCUUUUCCCAUUUUGUUUCCCCUUAAAGAGCUUUAAGCUCAAUCAAUCAUUAGUUUAUUCCAAAUUUAACUGAAGUUAUAUGAUGUUAACAUCGAGUAAAGUAUUCAAAUCCAUAUCAUCAUCACAUGGAAAUAUUUUAGAUGCCUUGUGCAUCAUUUUUAUACCUAAAAACAUUCAUGCUGACACAGUGUAUCCAAACAAAAGCACACAUAACAAAAUGACAAUAAGGUCAAGGUUCAGAUGUUCUUUUAUUCUUCUUUUUUUUUUUUUAAAUGCCAACAAAAAACUAAAUCCAUGUAGAAUAGCAAAUCUUGGAAUGGAUUUUGUUUCAUAUUAUAAUGAGCCAUGGGUAAAAUUUUCAGUGAUUGUCUGUGAAAACAGUAUCUCAAGUGAAGGCCAAAGCAUUUCCUACAUCUAUAUUUCAAUUUUUAUCUAGUAGUAUUCAAAUACAUAUUGUGUUGCACCGGGAUAUAAUUUGACUAAUAAUUGAUAUAAUAAAUCAAACAAACAAAACACAUGCUAAGAAAAUAGUCUUUUCUUUUUACAGUGACUGCAAAAAAAUGACAUCCACUCAUCUCAUACA